UCCACCAACCGCCAGCUGUGUGACCAUGUGAAUGCGGUGGUCUCACGGGCUGGCGAUGUCUUUGUCACGCAGGACCCUUUACGGCCACAGUGGUCUGCUGCACCUUAUGCAAAAGACCCGUACUUGACCCAUGAGCCAGAUAAAUCUGAAUUGUGCUUCUGUGUAUAGGAACCUUACGGUUCCUGAUGACGAUAAAUUUUGGAUUUUCCAAAUCUAUCAGAGCGUGGAGCUUGAGGCUGGGUUGGUUUAUGGGCACCCGCUGGUUUCAUUUUUGCAAAAAGGGGAAACACAGAGAGAGGGAGGAAAAAGAGAUUCUUGGGGCACUCAAGCCAGGUCCUAUCUAGAGGCCAGAAUCUUCAGGAAGCUCAGUGUCCCUGGAGAGAAGGAGAAGCUUCUGUGGCCUAGCGGAUUCAGCACAAGGCAGCCCUGGAUGCUGACGUGCUCCGAGGCCACCCAGAGCCGGUGACAGAGGGAUAAUGCUGGUGCCAGAGGGGCUGUAGAGGUCACCAGGUCCAGCACCCCUAUUGCAGAUGAGAAAACUGAGGCACAGAGAGGGGAGGUGCUCACCCAGUGUCACCCAAUGAGUCAGUGUUAGGUAAGCCAAUAGAGCUUUCAUUCUGAGCAAAGGAAAACAACAAAGAUGAGCCCAGAGCCCGCAUUCCUCAUUCUUUGUUAGUUGGCCUCGUGAUGCUGUUUAAACGUCCUUUUCUUAUUUCAAGAGCGCGUUCCUUCUCUUAAACAAUUAAUGCAUCCUUGCCAACCAUUUGCCAUUGCUGCCUCUUCAAACCCAGAGGAGUUGAGAGUUUCCAGCCAGCAGAGGGAGGUACCUUCGAGGCCCUUGGCCAAUGUGUUUAGCUCUCAGGAUCAGCCUGACCACGGCAGAGAAGCUUCCAGGGCCUCCGUGCUGUCUGUGGGGGAGAAACAGCCAGAGGCCCCUGUCCUAGUGGUCUCCCACCAUUCCCAGCAUCAUCCCAUCUGCCAACCGCCUUCGCCAACAGGUGGCCCUCAGGAGCCCCACCAGGAGUGGGGACCAAAACCAGGGGAUGGGGUCGAGGGGGGUCUGGCCUUUCCAAAGCCCGCCUCCCCUGGAUAUCUCCACACGGAGCCUGGGAGUGUCAAGGUUGUGCAGGAGAUCCUCCUUGGGGAGCCAGGGCACCAGAGAGGUGAGGCCGCCGACCUGGGCACCCCAGGUCUGCCCCGCCAGCACGCGCCCGGGGCCCCCAUCCUGCCUCAUGGCCCAAGGGAGGCCACACACCAGCCUUCAGGGACAGAACCAGAGGACACAGAGGGAAGUCAUCAUGACGCGGAGCUACUGGAGUACCAGCUUGUGGGAGAUCUGCACCAGGAGGGGCCACCUCUGAAGGGGGACCGUGGCAAAGAGAGGCGGGGGGGCAAGGAUGUCGAUGAAGACCGCGAUGUGGACGAGUCCUCGCCCCAGGACUCCCCUCGCUCCCACGUCGCCCCAGGUCUGCAGAGCUCCCCAGUCCGAGGCGGGCCACCCCCCCAGACAGUUUCCAGAGGAGCCACUGGCUUGUCCGGCUUUGCAGCUGAGGGUGCCAUCCGCCUCCCUGUCGAUUUCCUCUCCCAAGUUUCCACAGAGAUCGAGGCCUCAGAGCCCCCCGGGCCCGGUGCAGGGCCCACGGCGGAAGGGCAGGACACGCCCCCCGGGUUCACCUUCCACGUGGAAAUCAAAGCCAACGUGCAGAAGGAACAGGCAUGUUCAGAGGUGGAUUUGGAAGGGGCUGCACUUCCCGGCCCCCCUGGAGAGGAGCAAGAGCCCCAGGGCCCUCCUGAGGGAGAGGACACAAAAAAGUCGGACCUUCCAGAACCGUCCGAAAAGCAGCCUGCAGCUGUUCUGCCAGGGAAGCCCAUCAGCCGGGUCCCUCAACUCAAAGCUCGCAUGGUCAGUAAAGGCAGAGAUGGGACGGGAGCUGAUGACAAAAAAGCCAAGACAUCCACACCUUCCUCUGCUAAAACCCUGAAAAAUAGGCCUUGCCUUAGCCCCAAACGCCCCACUCCUGGUAGCUCAGACCCUUUGAUCAAACCCUCCAGCCCUGCCGUGUGCCCAGAGUCAUCUUCCUCUCCUAAACACGUCUCUUCUGUCACACCCCGAACUGGCAGUUCUGGAGCAAAGGAGAUGAAAGUCAAGGGGGCGGACGGUAAAGCUGGAACGAAGAUCGCCACACCCCGGGGAGCGGCCCCUCCAGGCCAGAAAGGCCAGGCCAAUGCCACCAGGAUUCCAGCGAAAACCACGCCCUCCCCAAAGACCCCACCGGGCACCGGUGAAUCUGGGAAAUCUGGGGAUCGCAGCGGCUACAGCAGCCCCGGCUCCCCGGGGACCCCCGGCAGCCGCUCCCGCACCCCGUCCCUGCCGACCCCGCCGACCCGGGAGCCCAAGAAGGUGGCGGUGGUCCGCACUCCACCCAAGUCGCCAUCUUCAGCCAAGAGCCGCCUGCAGACGGCCCCCGUCCCCAUGCCAGACCUGAAGAAUGUCAGAUCCAAGAUCGGCUCCACCGAAAACCUGAAGCACCAGCCAGGAGGCGGGAAGGUGCAAAUAGUGUACAAACCAGUGGACCUGAGCAAGGUGACCUCCAAGUGUGGCUCGCUAGGCAACAUCCAUCAUAAGCCAGGAGGCGGCCAGGUGGAGGUAAAAUCUGAGAAGCUGGACUUCAAGGACAGAGUCCAGUCGAAGAUCGGGUCCCUGGAUAACAUCACCCACGUCCCUGGUGGAGGGAAUAAAAAGAUCGAAACCCACAAGCUGACCUUCCGCGAGAACGCCAAAGCCAAGACAGACCACGGGGCGGAGAUCGUGUACAAGUCGCCCGUGGUGUCCGGGGACACGUCUCCGCGGCACCUCAGCAACGUGUCCUCCACGGGCAGCAUCGACAUGGUAGACUCGCCCCAGCUCGCCACGCUAGCCGACGAAGUGUCCGCCUCCCUGGCCAAGCAGGGUUUGUGAUCAGGCCCCCGGGGCGGUCAAUAAUCGUGGAGAGAAGAGAGAGAGUGUGGAAAAAAAAAGAAUAAUGAUCUGGCCCUUCGCCCUCUGCCCUCCCCCAGCUGCUCCUCACAGAUCGGUUAAUCGGUUACUCACUUUAACCUGCUUUUGUCGCUCGGCCCUGGCUCGGGACUUCAAAAUCAGUGACGGGAAAAAGAGCAAAUUCCAGCUUUCCAAAUUGAUGGGUGGGCUGGCGAUAAUAAAAUAUUUUUAAAAACAUUUAAAAAGACGACCACACCCACCAUUUCCUUGGGCAAUUACUUUUGAUUCUUUUUUUUUCCCCCUCCGCCUAGAAGAGGGAGGAGAGGCUCUGCGAGCUGCUUCUGGGGAAUCUCAAGGGACUGCGGGCGCCCCUGCUCUGCCCUGUCCUGGGGGUGUCACAGAGGCAGCGGCAGCAGCAACGGAUUUGAAACCGGGUGCCCUGUGGGAGC